AUGAAGGCCUCUUACAACUUGUAUCCUGAACGUCAAAAAAGGACAUGGGGCUGGACAAAUUGUGAUUUCGUAAAGACUUCAAAAGGCAAGGGAAAAAAGGCGCAACAGCCAGUCGUCAAAGAGAAGCCAGAGUCGAGAAACAAAGUGGCCCGAAUUACACCAAGGUCCCCUCAUGAUAAGCUUCUACACCGCUUGUACGAACCAUUGAUUCUUCUCGAGGUUCUCGACAAGUAUGGAGGUCUGCCAGUCUCUGAGUUCCCUUCAGAGGUUGACGCAACAUCUAACCUUGAGUUACGACGACCUUUUCUAAACCAACUCGCCUAUGUCUGUGAUUUCAAAAAGGGGGGAGAUACCGUGACAGCCGAAGAGAAUGUUAUUGAAAUUUGCAUUAAAUUCAAUCAUGAAAGACUCGGGUUCUACAGCAAAAGGUUGCGGCAGUAUUUGAAACUGUGCUUAUAGGCUCUAAAUCUUUCCAAUAA